GCAGCAAAAACCAUUGUCAUAUUCGGAAUCAGCAUAGUCGAUAACCUAUUGUCCACUAGAUUUCAACAAAAAAGCGAGCGGACACUUGGGGCAGUUCCAUCGUCAGUCGUUUAGAAGAUCAGUUUACAACUACUGAAUAUUUCUAAAAAUGCAAAACGGAGUUACGUCACAUGUAAAAUCUUUCUGUGCAAAUACAGCAGUCAGCAAAAUUCGUUUGAUUUUUUCUUCACUUUCCAAUAAAGUUAUGAUUUCCAUUUUGAUUUUACAAAGUUUAGAAGAGACACUUUGUGCCUUAUACUUAAAGGUUUCUGAAGAUUGCUAGCCCAAAACAGACACUAGGCAAAGGUUUGUUCAUGUUUUUUUUUCUUCGAAAAUAAUCAAUAAAUCGAAAAUACACACAGAGCAACUUAGAAUAUACCUUAAUAAAAUGAUUAAACAAAACAAAAACCACCUGCUCUGUGAACAAGAUUAAUCAUUAUGAUCUCUCAACACUCAACUGUCUUUUAACAUCUGAACGUGGCAUAAAAUUUCAACAUUUAGGCGAUUGUUCAAUUUAGCAGAGUUUCGAAAUCAACAAAGGCAAAUUAGUACUAGAUGGCGAUACCGCAAAAAUUAGACUGUAAAAUGAUGAGUCAUCGGGUUAACGACACGAACUAGACGGCAAGCAAUUUUGGUACCAAGCCUAACUGGUACCAAUCCUCGAAGUCUAGGACUGGAACUGGCGCAUGCCUACUUACAAUAUAUACGCCAUGUAUAGAAAAUAUUCAAAUGUGAAUAUGUCUAUACAAAAUAUCCAAGUGUCAAUAUUCAACAGUCAAUAUUUUGAAUAUGAAUAUGGAAACUACUUGAAUAUUUGGAAUAAUUCGAACAUGGUACAUAUUUAGAAUUGACAUCAACUUGUCAGACAUCAGCAGUCAGACACAUUGACGACUUUUUAAAGGAAUCUCCACAUUAAAUUUAAUCUAAGAAAUGCGUACAAUCGGAUCCAGUGCUUCUUUGUUGCUCUAUUUUCAAUUUGUGUUAAUCUAUCCUAUUAUGUCAUUAUCAUCAACUAUAUCUUUUAAGUCAGACAGGCACUACAGAUACAUGAAAGCGUUUGCUUAUUUUUAGUCUUUAUUGUUUUUCACAAUAUUUAGAUAGAAUCCUUUUUCAUGAUACCUUUAGUUUAAUGCUUAUUCAUCAUUUAUUGUGUCUAAAUAACAUUCGAUAUUAUGCGCUUCCAUUUUAUUUGUAGGUGGUUCAGCAAGCAAUCGUUGGACAUUAGUAUUUGAUGGUGAUAUUAAUUUAUCUGCUUGUAUGUCAUUUUUUAAUAUAAUGUGUUCAUUUAUAAUGAUGCCCCUUUGGUUAAUGACAAUUGGUCAAAAAUUCUAUUUAAAUGAUUUAAAAAUUAAAAUUCCAUAUUUCUAUUUAUUUCGCUCAUUAGCAACAGUUAUUAUUCCAUUAUCUAUAGGUGUUUUAUUAUCCUAUUUUAUACCAAAAUUAAGUGAUAAAAUUCGUUUUAUAAUUAAACCAACAAUGUUAUUUUGUAUAAUAUAUUUUUUAGUAUUUGGUACAAUAGUUAAUUUUUAUCUAUUUAAAAUGAUUAAUUUAACAACUGCACUUAGUACUCCAUUAUUACCAUGGCUAGGUUUUCUAUUUGGUGCAUUGUUUGCCUAUCUAUUAAAACAAGAUUGGACAAGAAUUAAAACAGUAGGAAUAGAAACAGGAAUACAAAAUAUAAGUAUAGCAUUUAUGGUAUUAUUAUACUCAUUUCCUCAACCAGAAAGUGGACAAGCGACCGUUAUACCAUUAAUUAUAAGUUAUUUAUCUGAACAACCCUUUCAUAUUGCACUCUUAUAUAAAAUAAUAAGGAGAAAAUAUUUUAAUAAAGUACCGAAUACCGAUAUUCAACAUGAAUUAACUGAUUUGUAA